UGCAAAUAGCUGCUUUCAUUACCAUUUCUGGAAGGUAUUUUUGUGAAGUGGUUUGACAUCUAUAUUGAUUCUUAUCUGUUUGUAACAUUCUAAUUCUUUUGAGAAGUAUAAUCACACAAAAGAUUUUACCAAAUGGCUCUUUCUGUGUUGGGAUCUGUAUAGGGCCAAAGCCACAAGAGUCGGACUCUGAUGAUCUGGGUGAGGAAGACUUUGAAUAUUUAGACAGUGAUGAUGACUUAGACCUUGGAACGCAGGACAACAGUGAAGAGGCUUCUCUGAAAGGAGCUCUUGGCAAUCUCAAGUCAUAUAUGGCCCAGAUGGACCAGGAACUGGCACAUACCACCAUUGGCAAAAGUUUCAGCACUCAGAAGCAAGUGAAUAAAAAACCACCAUCCCAGACUACCAAUAACAAUUCAGAAGAGGAAGACUAUGGUGCAGGAGACUCUGUAAUGACGCCAGUGGAUGUAGACCUGAACCUGGUUUCAAAUAUAUUAGAAUCCUACAGCUCCCAAGCUGGACUGCCAGGACCUGCUUCCAACCUUUUACAGAGCAUGGGAGUACAGCUCCCUGACAACACCGAUCACAGACCCACAAGUAAGCCAAUGAAAGAUUAACCAGCAUAUCUAGCUUCUUUUUUUUUUUUCUCUCUCUCUUUAAAUAAACAAUGAGUCUUAAAUAUAUUCAUUUCUACUUUACAUACUCAU